AUGCUCCUGAGUGUGGACAUACCAGGCACACCUGCAGAGUUACAUGAGCCAGCUCUGGAAAAACCCCAACUGCGACUGGCAUCUGGAGAGGACCGAUGCGCUGGGAGAGUUGAAGUUUACUAUAAAGGCGAAUGGGGAACAGUCUGUGAACAUCAAUUCACCAUGAACAGCGGCAGCGUUGUAUGCAAACAGCUUGGUUGUGGUCAAGUCGUCUCUGUCUUGGGACAGUCUUACUUUGGCCCUGGCACAGGAGACAUCCACCUGGAUCACGUGCAGUGCAGGGGAACUGAGUCUUACCUUUGGGACUGUCAGCACGCCGGCUGGAGCAAACAUGACUGUGGACACCAGGAGGAUGUCAGCGUCAUCUGUUCAGAUUCCUCCUCUGCCUCCAGCUCAAGCACAGAGACACCCUCUACUCCAGGGACCUUCACAACCACUGAGGAAGGCUCUGAAAAUACUGAAGAAUCACACGUUUCACCCACCCCACUUACAGGAGAGAAUGAUACCGCAGCUCCAGAAGUCUUUUCCACCGUUACUGAAGCUUCAACAGAUCUUUCUGUCACAGAAACAGACGACUGGCUCACAUUUGCCCUUAUCACAGAUGUUAUGAAGGCAUCGACAACUCCAGCACCGCCCUCUGCGCUGAGUGACGACAGCUCUGCUCCAUCCCUGCGGCUGGCAGACGGCAACGGGAAGUGCUCAGGCCGCGUCGAGCUCUAUCACAACGGCAGCUGGGGAACGGUCUGCGACGACGGCUGGGGGCUGGCAGAGGCUGAGGUGGUCUGCAGGAGGCUGGGGUGUGGAGAAGCUCUGCUAGCUCUGCCCGAAGCUCAGUUUGGCCUAGGCUCUGGGGACAUCCUCCUCGAUGACGUGCAGUGCCAAGGGGAUGAAGACAACCUGUGGGACUGCUCCCACAGAGGGAUCGCUGUCCAUAACUGCCAUCACAAAGAGGACGCCAGCGUUGUUUGCGCAGACAUGUCCCUUAGGCUGGUGAACGGAGAGGACCGGUGCUCUGGGCGCCUUGAAAUCUUUCACGGAGGGAGCUGGGCAACCGUCUGUGACGAUGGCUGGAACAUGAAGGAUGCUGCAGUUGUGUGCAGGCAUCUGGGCUGCGGAGACGCUAUCUCAGCCAAAACCGACGCCUUUUUUGGGGAAGGCACAGGAGAUAUUCUCCUGGACGACGUGGAGUGCAGAGGGAAUGAGUCGUCCCUGGAGCAGUGCUCCCACAGAGGGCUGGGCACACAUAACUGCUACCACAAGGAAGAUGCUGGUGUUAUCUGUGGAGCCCCCCUGGAGCUUACCACACCUGAAACAACAGGUGUACCUCGCUGUGGUGCUUCACUUAAUGAGCUCAACAAAGCAUUGAAGAUUGAACUAAAUGCAAAUGCAAGCUGCAUCUGGCAAAUUCAGAGGAAUACAAAUCAAACAGUUAGGGCCAUUUUCUCCUAUUUCAGAUUUGCUCCUUCAAGCUGUGAUACAGAAAGUAUUAAAGUAUAUGAUGGUCCCUCAACUAAUUCCCCUCUUCUUGGACAAAUAUGUAACAACACUGACGCAGUCCCAGUACUUCAAUCCUCUUCAGACAGUUUAACCUUUCUCAUAACAACAAACUCCGUGGCUUUCACAAGAAACUUCUUUGUCUUCUAUUACUUCUUUUCACCAGAAAUAAAAACUGAAAAUUGUGGGGGACAACUGACUGGUCCCAAUGGGACAUUUACCAGCCCCAACUACCCAGCAUCUUACCCUGAAUUUACAUACUGUGUCUGGCACAUACAAACACCAAAAAACACGAAGAUAGAGCUACAGUUCCAAGACUUUUUCCUGGAGCUAGACCAAAACUGCCAGUUUGACUUCACAGCAAUCUAUGAUGGCCUCACCACUAACAACAGCUUAAUAGGAAAAGUAUGUGGCCGCGUUCAGCCCACAUUUGAGUCUUCUUCAAAUGUUAUGACAGUUGCGUUGUCCACAGACUACGCCAACUCCUACCGAGGAUUUUCUGCUCGGUACACCAGUGUUCCUCUCGAAAGCCUCAAUGUCUCAUUCCUUACGUGCACUUCAUACAGCAUGAAAAUUGUUCUGAGCAAGUCUUACCUGGCCUCCCUUGGUUAUAAUGAAACUCACCUACAGCUGAAUGAUGCAUCUUGUACUCCAGCUGUAAAAGAUUCAGUGAUCUUUUCCUUCCCGUUAGGCAGAUGUGGAACAGUUAAAAAGGAUGAAGGUCAGAGCAUCACUUACACCAACGUCGUGUCUCUCUCUGCAAGUGGGAACAUUAUCACCCGUCAAAAGAGUGUACAGAUUAUUGCAAAAUGCAAAAUGGAAAACAAUUCAACCUUAGAGGUCAUUUACAUAACAAAAAAUAACGUAAUCCAGAACAUAACCUCUGUGGGGAGAUACAAUGUUAGCAUGUCGUUCUACGAUUCAGAUUUAUUCUCCAACCCUGUACAUGAGGCCCCGUAUUAUGUGGACUUGAACCAAACUCUUUAUGCUGAAGUCAGUCUUCAUUCCACUGACCCAAAUCUCCUGGUGUUUGUUGAUACCUGCACAGCCUCUCCAGACCCUGAUUUUGGAUCAGUAACAUAUGACUUAAUCAGAAGUGGCUGCAGUAAAGAUGACACCGUGGUAACCUACCCAGCACUCGACCACUACGGAAGAUUCAAAUUUAAUGCCUUCAGGUUCCUGCGGAGCUCUCCAUCAGUUUAUCUCCAGUGCGAUAUUUUAAUUUGUGACAACAAAAACACAACCACCCGCUGUACUCAAGGGUGUGUCUCCAGGCAAAAAAGAGCUAUUUCUUCAUACACGUGGAAAACUCACACCGUAGUAGGUCCCAUCCGCCUGAAAAGAGAUCUCAGGGCUGCUGCUCACUCAGAAUCCCUCGCUAAAGCAGAAGCUGGUAAAACCUCGAACCUGCAACAAUAUAGCUUCUACACUCUUACAUUUGUGGCUUUAAUUUCAAAUAUUAUUAUUGUGGUAGCUGUGAUACUAAAAUAUCACAGAUGUCAAGCAGGGUAUGGCUACCACAAAAUCCAGAGCUCAUCCUAA